AUGUCGACUAUACCAAACGAUUUUGUUAAUUUUCUAGUACCUGUCAUUCAAGAAUUUGAUGGUGCUGUAGAACAAGUUCGACAUCGUCAAUUGGCACUUGGAAAUUGUCUCACGUCAAUGAACGAUGAAUUAGCUACUCUGUAUAAACAAUGUCCUGGUGAUCGAGAAAUAGAUGAAUAUAUUAAACGAAUUCAUGCAUUAAGACAACGCAUGAUUGAAGCUAAUAUUCAUGUAAAAAUUAUUGAAGAUCGAAUAGGGAAAAUGGAACAAUCAAUGACUAAAAUAAAAACAUAA